AUGGAAAAUCUCCAGAAGCGUAGAGAACUAAAUAUGGAAUACCAAAAAUUCAAAGUUAUGGAUGAAGAGCGAUUUCGCAAUCGUUUUGCAAAUAAGAAGGUGAACAAAGUUAUCCCAACUGCACCGGACCCUAUUAAGGAAAUUGAAGCUCACAACAAAAACGGUAACCCAAACCGUAACAUGGAAGUUCUUCUAAAAAGAUUAGAUGUGCUGCAGCAAAACGUUGAAGAUUUAAGGAAAUCCCAACCAAAAGCUAAUUAUAUUCAAGAUAAUAUCGUUCCGUUUUCCAGUAAUAUUUACCAACCGAAUAUUAUUGAUGAGGCUCUAAAGAGGAUUGAUGAAUUGGAAGAUGCUAUUAAAGCAAUGAGUGUAUCUGAAAAUGUUAAGAAAACUAGAGGGAACUCGGAAUAUCUCACAAUCGAUAAUGAUUUUUCGACUGUGCCGAAAUCAGUUUCAGUGGUAAAUGAAGAGCCAGAUUCCCUUGAAAGAUCACAACGAAUGGCAAAGCAGAGAUAUGCCAAUGACCUUAAACUACAAAUUGAAGAGAAACAACGCCAAAAGGAAUUACAGAGGCAAAGAGAACGUGAAGAGGAUUUACUCAAAAUGGCUGAAACACUUGAAUAUGAUACCCUUGGACACCGAAUUCGCGAUAAAACCACCGGGACCUCAUUUUCAAAAAAGAAUAUUAUUUCACAUGGAAAACAAGAAAACUUUGCUCGAGGUGGAAAUGGAAUAUUUGGUGAUCCUUUAACAGAAUCCCAAAAGAUAGCCAACUUGAAUUAUAGGAAUGAAUUAUCGCUUCAAAUCGAAGAAAAGCGUCUUAGGGAAGAAAUGAGAAAACAGGUAGAGAAAGAAUUGGAAUUAAAGGAAUUACAAAGUUAUAUUGAUGAAGAAAAACCAUCAAGUUAUCCAAAACCUUCGGAAUCUCCUCAAACUAGAAGGUCAUCAGAAUCGAUACAGGUGUCUUUGCCUCCAAAUGACACUCGAAGACAAAGCGUCUGCGUUCAAGUAAAUUUAGAGCUUCAACCGGGACGGCCGAAAGCAAUGAAAGUCGUCAGAAGUGUACCUAUAAUGGAGAAACCCCGGAAAGCGCCCAAAGUCGAUGAAUUAAUGGCACAAAUAACUCAAUUAAAAGUUGAAUUGGAUGCCGAAAAACUGCGAAUGGAGCGAAAUAGAACUGAGACCUUAGACGAGGUUCAUGUCUAUGAUCCGAGGUCAAUUAUACGAAAUAAGCUUCCUUCCCGGGAUCUUAAGAGGCCCAUGAAAGUUCAUCGUUUGUUGGCAGUUCCAAACAACAGUAUUAUCAAACAGAGACCGGAUCACAACGUUGUUCUGAGUUCUAGUUCACAAUUUCUGCCCCAGUUGAGUCAUUAUGUCCUAUCUCAAUCGCCAUCUUUGGGAUCGCUGAAUCUGGACGAAAUCAAUAAGCAGAUGAAGCGAAGAUUGGAAAAUUUGAAAAUCAAUGAGAGUCUUGAUGAUUUAUAUAAGAAUGAACCCCCUAUUAUCCGUGAUUUCAUGGCUGAGGAGGAAGCUAAACUUCUUGAAAAUUCUGCCUAUUUCGUAAGCUAA